AAUACUGUAUGGCUUUAUAUCUUAUUGUUUUGCUUAUACUCUAUAAGACUAAACUUUAAACUUUAAACUCUAUUCUCUAGUAUUAAUACUAAGUAUAAGGAGAAACAAAUCUAGAAUAAUCUCAAUUGAUUUUAAACUCUUGAACUCUAUGUGAAACAACAAUUGUUUCGAUAAUAUUCUGUACAAAUGUAUAUCUCGGGUCCUAUUUUUCGUUUGUCUUCUGUUUCAAACAAUUUUACUCUUUUAUGACAAAUGGUGUGGUAAUUAAGAUUACUAUCAGAUUAUUACUAAUUAUUCGAUAAUCGACUAUAUUUAGUGAAACACUUAACAAAACUUGUGAUGUAUUUCUUGUUUUUGUCUCAAAUCAUGAAAUGCAAACAAAUUCAGAAAUGAUGUAAAAUGAAGUGAUAUAAGAAUAAGUCUAUAACUCGUUGUAAGCUUAAAGCUGACAGGAAUUGAAUAUAAGAUAGUAUUGAAUACUGUAUUGUAUUGUAUGUGAAGAGCGUUUCAAACGCCAAACAAAACCUGUGAAAAGUAAAGCAAAGCAGAGCUAAGCACUGACUGCGCAAAUGUCGGCCAAUUCUGGCCAUUAAUGCCAAUGAAUGUCUGUUAUCUCACAUGAAAUGUAUUUUACAUGAAUUUUAAGUAACAUUUCUAAUGAAAUUCUCAAUAAAUAAAUUCUCUAAAUUGCAAUAAUUUGUACCAUUUAUUCAAAUAUCAUUGAUUGGGUCGAAGAGAUGAACACCAGAAAUAACUACACCCUCGACAACAAGGAUACCCUCAAUGACUUCUCGUAUAUGACUAUAGGAGGCUGUAAUUCUCCCGCAUUCAGUGCCACCCCAUCGUCGCCCCACUACGAGAUAUUUGCCAAUUUUGCCCCGAGCAGUUUCAUUGCCAUGAAAUACAGGAAUUUGGGUAAAAAUGGUCUCCGAGUUCCUAAUGUGGGGUUCAGUGCGUGGAAUGCAUUCGGAAACAGAAUUAAUGAACAGAUGGCCGAAGAGUUGUUGACUUUGGCGUAUGAAAACGGAGUCAACUAUUUUGAUACCGGAGACGGAUAUGCGAACGGAAAGUGUGAAACAGUUUUGGGAAAUAUUCUGAAGAAGAAAAACUGGAAACGCAGCUCAUAUAUAGUGUCCACCAAACUGUUCUGGUACAAUGGCCCCACCGCUCACAACAGUGGAGGUCUGUCUCGCAAAUUCAUUAUCGAAGCGGUCGAGGCGUCCCUUAAGCGAUUGCAACUCAAGUAUAUCGAUAUAUUGAUUAUCAACAAAUUGGACGGUUUGUGUCCUAUGGAAGAGCUGGUCCGAACAAUGGCUCACCUCAUAAACAAUGGCAUUAUCUUCUAUUGGGGCACGUCUCGGUUCGCUCCGAUGCACAUCUCAGAAGCCUUCUCCAUAGCGCGACAAUUCAAUUGUCCGGCGCCGGUAUGCGAGCAAAUGGAGUACCAUAUGUUCAGUCGGGACAAAAUGGAACUGUUUAUGCCUGAGCUGUUCCACAAAAUCGGCACCGGAUGUAUAGUGUGGUCACCGAUGUCUCUAAACUAUGACGAAGGCAUACAACUGAUCACUCGCCGCACCAUUCCUUAUGAGGAAAAGUUGGCACAAAAUGCAAAACAUUUGGAGCUAUCGAUGAUCGCAGAUAAACUGGGCUGUGAUCAGACACAACUGACCAUAGCGUGGUCAUUGAGGAAUGAAAACGUCAAUUGUGUGCUCAUCGCCCCCACAACUGUCGACCAACUCUACCAACAACUUCACGCACUCACAAUUGUACCCAAACUCACAGCUAAUCUAAUUGAAGAAAUUGAGAAAAUUCUGGAAAAUAAGCCGUCGUUCAGGAGAUUACAACACAACACAUCAGUUCCGGGCAUUCAGUGCGAAGAAGUGCCUCAAACUGAUGAUACAAAUAAUGAGUCAAACAUAUAAGUGACCGAAUGGUUGACAACCUAUUAAUUGUUAUAUAAAUAGAUUUAAUGUUAAUUCACAGCAAAUAAUGUCUACU